AUGUGCCCGGAAACCUCCAGCUACCUGGCGAGCGAUUCGUUCUACGCAGGAAUUCUCCACAUUAUCACCACAAUAGGAGUCCCUAUACAUCUAUUCGGAGCCUAUAUAAUCAUUUUCAAGACACCGUGCAAAAUGCAGUCCGUCAAGGCCGGCCUGCUCUUUAUUCAUCUAGUCAGUGCGACUUUGGACGUAUUUUUUAGCUUUCUCGCGGCUCCGGUCCUAACUUUGCCCGGUUGCUCGGGGUAUCCAUUAGGAAUCUCUUUGCUAUUAGGUAUUCCAACUAGUAUCCAAGUUUUUAUAGCAGUUACUUUAUUCGGCAUCAUCGGCGUUACUAUUAUGUUAUUUUUCGAAGAUCGCUAUCAUCGUCUGAUCAACGGGCACAAGUCGAAAAAUUGGAUCCGAAUUGUGUAUAUUGUUAUACAUUACACUAUUGCUCUGAGUUACGUGAUGCCUACAUAUGUUAGUGCUCCGGAUCAGGACAUCGGGAAGAUUUGGAUGAAGCAGAAUGUCCCAUGUCUCCCGGAAGAAGUCCUCCAUCGCCCCGGAUACUUUGUCAUCGCCACCGACAACACCAUCCCCAAGACGUGCCUAGCCUUCAUGCUAACCCUAGUCAUGUCCCAAGUGUUCUUCUACGUCGGAGCCAUCUUCUGGCACCUAUUCCACACUAUUUCAAUCUCCGCCGCCACAAAUCGCCUGCAAAAGCAAUUUUUCCUGGCCAUCUGCAUUCAGGUGUUUAUUCCAUUACUGUUAUUGACCCUUCCGUCAUUGUAUAUUGUGUUGGCAAUUUGGUUGGAGUACUAUAAUCAAACAACCACAAACCUAGCUGUAACAAUGAUCCCGCUACACGGAGUGCUAUCAACAAUUACCAUGCUCAUGGUGCAUGCUCCUUAUCGCCAGGCCACAAUUGAUACUUUUUGCGGGAGCUCCACCACGAAAAGUAACUCUCCACAAAUAAGGAUCACGGGCAACGAACUUCAAACAGUUUUUUGA